UUCCACGCCGCGCGUGGCCGGCCGCCGCAGGGAGGCAGGGCGCGCGGCAGAGAGGGCGGGCGGGAGGCGUUAAAAUGGCGGCGCGCAGCCGGCCCCCGUGCUAAACCGGCCCCCGUGGCUCGCCCCGUGCCGCCGGCGCGUGGCAUGGUGCGGCCGCCCGCUGCCUGCUAGCGCCGCCGCCGCCAAGGUUGCUGAAAAGUGCCUUUCCUGAAGCCACCGCUGCUUGGAUUUCUGUCUAGGGCUGCCUCUCUCUUCCCCCUUCACCCCCCUUUUCUUUUUAAUUUGGCGUUGCUUGCAGUUCAUACCCUGACGGCAACUCAUCCGUUCUCUUCCUUUUUUUUUUUCUCCCCAUUUACACGCAGUUUGCUCAGCCAUUUUUUUCUUCUCCCGAGUAUGUAGCAAAUAUUAAAAAGAAAGAGGGAAAAAAAAGAAAAAGCAAAAAGAAAAAUUAUAACAUCCUUUUGCUCGUUUUGAUGCUCGCGAACUGUAAUUUUUAGAAGCAAGAAAUAGAAGGAAAAAAGUUUUCUCCCCAAGGACCGAGACCAUUCCACAAACUGAAGUGCUGCCAGCAGCAUAUGCUUUUUGCAAGAAUAAUUGAAACCAUUAACUGGAGAGCACAGAAUUCUUUUGAAAGUCUGCCAGUUAUUUUCAAGUAACUUAGGCAGUGGCACAAAAUAUAACACUUAUAUUUUAACUUCUACAAUUGCACUUUUAGGAGCUGGCCUCUAAUUUGAUUUUCAGUUAUUCUGAUAAGAUUUCUAUUUUAUGAUUGGCUUUAUGUUUAAUUCUUGUUUAAACAAACACAAUUUGACUUAAAUGAAAACCUAAGUGCUGAUGAAUAGGAGUUCUACCAAAGCAACAAGUUAGUUAUUUCUUCACAUUUAACUUGAAUUCACUUUUUUACCCUUUUUUUAAAGAAAAAGAUCAGCAGUAAAUAUUGCCCUGAAAAAGGGUGCAAUUGCUUGCAUUUUAAUUUUUGUUUUUAAUAUGGCUGUAAACGUUUCCCUGGUCCGUGAUACAAAAUGGCUGACAUUAGAAGUGUGUCGAGAGUUUCAGAGAGGUACUUGUUCUCGGUCUGAUGCAGAGUGCAAGUUCGCCCACCCAUCCCGGAGUUGCCAUGUGGAAAAUGGUCGAGUUAUUGCCUGCUUUGACUCCCUAAAGGGCCGGUGUACCCGAGAGAACUGCAAAUAUCUUCAUCCUCCCCCGCAUUUAAAAACGCAACUUGAAAUAAAUGGACGCAACAACCUGAUCCAGCAAAAGACAGCCGCAGCCAUGUUUGCUCAGCAAAUGCAGUUCAUGCUACCGGGCGCGCAGCUACAGCCAAUUACAACAUUUCCUGUGACUCCGUCGCUUGCAACAAGCCCCACGAUGGCUUUUAGUCCCUACCUGAGUCACGUUUCUCCUGGGAUGGGCUUGGUUCCUGCAGAGCUUUUACCAAAUACUCCUGUCCUGGUUUCCGGGAAUCCUACUGUUACAGUACCAGGAGGCUCUGCUGGACAGAAACUGAUGCGUACGGAUAAACUAGAGGUUUGUCGAGAGUUUCAGCGUGGAAAUUGUACACGUGGUGAGAAUGAUUGCCGCUAUGCUCACCCUAUAGAUAUUGCAAUGAUAGACACAAAUGAAAAUACUGUUACAGUUUGCAUGGAUUACAUCAAAGGUCGAUGCUCUAGGGAGAAAUGCAAGUACUUUCAUCCCCCUGCACAUCUGCAAGCCAAAAUCAAGGCAGCUCAACACCAGGUGAACCAGACAGCUGCAGCUGCAAUGGCCCUGCCGCCUGGUGCACUUCAACCUUUACCAAAGAGGCCAGCACUUGAAAAAAACAAUGGUGCCACCACAGUCUUUAACCCAAGCGUUUUCCACUACCAACAGGCUCUAGCCAACAUGCAGUUGCAACAGCCUACAUUUAUCCCUACAGUGCCCAUGAUGCACGGUGCUACGCCCACCACUGUGUCUGCAGCAACAACUCCUGCCACCAGCGUCCCCUUCGCUGCAACAGCUACCGCCAAUCAGAUAUCCCAGUUAUCAGUAGAUGAACUGAGUAGCAGCAUGUUUGUUUCACAGAUGUAGAAGUUCCCGAUAGAACACAGACCAUAUUGAAAUUCUGAACAGUAAAAUUGUGGAGCACCAGGACUUCUUGGUGGGAAGCUGCGCAUGGCCUUUCUGUAUAUACCCCCUCUUCCCUCUAUCGUUCUCCACCACCUCUACAGUAAGCCUGUUGCAGCCUACAUGUUAACCAAAAACUGAUCAAUGGGAAUGUCAAAAAAAAAAAAAAAAGCACUAUAGAAACAAUUAACAAACAGCGCUCUGUUAUAUGAGAUAUACAAGUAGAAAAUUAUAAUAGACUUUUAUAACACAUUACUUUAACACACUUAAUCAUUUUAUGACUACCAUCCUGAUAAGUGCAUCUGCACAGCGGACUGUUGGUUUACUGUAUACUAUCGAUGGAUAAAUGUUUGUCUUGUUUUUAAAGUGUUAUCUUACUGUUUUGUUUACAUCAUAGUCUAUUGAUUUGUUUUAAAGUGUACAUCAUUAUCAAGUAUACUCAAUACCAUUUUUUCAUUAUUGUUAUGUCUUAAGUUUUCAUAUACUGUAGGUUUUAUGGGAUUUUGUUUGUUUUUUACUAAAAAUGUUAUUGUGGGAAACAGGAAUUAUGUGCUUGAAAAACACGACACAAGAAUGUUCUGCCCUUUUCUAGAUCUUGCUGUUAACGUCAGCUACAGUUGCUUGUGUUGAAUGCUCCUUUUAUCAUGUAAAAUUUGCCUUCAGAUAGAGUCUCCAAAAUUUAGUACAAAUGACAGGAAAGGACAGUUGUCGUUUUAGUCCAGUUCAGGGUACUUUUUUAAAUACAAUGAGCCGAUUCUGGAAGCGUAGAAAACAAAACCACAACCUGCACUCAGUGAAAAGUAUGGGGACAGGAAGGAUUUGCUCAGACCGUGGAAAGUAUCGAGGAAUGUCUGCAGUUCUGUUGUACAUUGAAGUGCAUUCUCAGCUGCAAAUGGCGCACAAUCUUUCUUGCUAUUCUCAUGGUGCAGUCAAAAAAAAAAUGGAUAAGUGAGACAGCUUCAUUUGGGCAAAGAUGCAUUUGCAUUGGAGAGGAACAAACACCAACUGUUAGCUACAAAACAUAUAGCUGGAUUAGGCCCAUAACCAUGACUUAGCCCGAGCUGGGUGGUAGCGUGCAGGUGGGCUUGUCUCCACUGCGCAUGCUGCAGCAUUUCAGCCUGAAAUCUUACGUGGCUCAUCUUGACAUUUCAUCAGCGUGCACCAAUUAUUUACUCACCGUUUUCCUUAAGUUGGUGAUAUUUCCCAAGACCUCUGGCCCUUUAGAGCAAGCUUACCAGUAACAAGCCAACACAAAAAAUCUAAACUUAAGCUUUCUACUGUACAUGGAUAUUCUUUCUAAUGGAGUUCCUGUAGGUCAGUGGAUGUAUUUUGGCAUCUUCUACUUGAUCAAGAGCAAUGUUUGUCGCACGACAAGGGCUAGUUCUCAACACCUCCUUUUCACGCGCAUGAAUGAAACGAUUUCCAGCCCGUGCACCCUGGACAGCACAGCCUGUGACUAUGCUGCGUUGCUGAACAGCCUGGCUACACAGUGAAUUUGAUUUGAGGACGCACCAAAUUCAUCCCUAUUGUAGCUCUGUAAUAUCAUUGGCAUUAUGGAAGAGAUGGAUUUGCUCCUGUAAAUCUGUGAACUCCAGAGAAGUAUGAACUGCUUGGAGAAAGAGAAUCAUUACUAAAACCAAACAAGAGGCACGUUCCUGGUGUCCGGAGGGUCUGCACCCUGAGCUCACCAUGGCCCUGGGGGGUGCCAAGUUCUGACAACCAGAUCAUGUUUUCUUUUCAAAUUUCCUAAGGCUUUGGUUAGAGGAUUUCCUUGCCCCCUCUGUUCCAGUGUGAGUACAGAUACAUUGGUAGAUAUGUAUUUAUACGGGCCACAAGUGAUAGAGGGGCCUGCAAGGCACAAGUGGUGUGCCCCAGACCAGGCUGUGACCAUCUGCUGUGGAGAUUUCUUCAUAAGCAAGAACCUUGGAAGAGUCCAGUUCAGAAAAGCCUCGAGCCGGUAGAAAUCUUUCCAUUCAUUUCGACAGGCUUUGAACCAAACUCUGAGAGAGGGAAAACACCCCCGCAGCACUCAUUUGUGAACCUCGCGUUUUGACAGUCACUCACGUCCGUAGAUGUUUCCCAGCCAUCAGCGUUCAGAAGCAGACAGUGUUGCCUGAAAUCAGUGACUCUCAUUUAUAUUGGCUACCGCAUACCUGUUCUUUUAACCACUGAGUUUCUGUUUCCCAAAACCAUAACAUUGUUAGUGGAAAAAGUGGAUUUGAGUACUUCCUGUUUGAAAUUAUUUGUGUAUCAAAAUGGGUUUUGCACAACCUGUGCCAGUGCCUCAACAAAGAACAGAGCUGAUCUUCUUAAGCCAGAAAGGAUGCAUUCAAGCUUGUAUGGCUUUAUGUGUUAAAGGAGGUUGGAACUUUUUCAGUGCUAAAUGGAUUUUUGUAUAUCUUGACACUUUGAUGUAACCUCCUACUUUAUUUAUCUACUUAAACAUCUGGCAUAGAUGUGCAUAGAAUGUAAACCUAGAAUACAGCUGUUUUCAUGUCACAUUUAAAGCACUGAAAAAAAAAGCGUUUAAGGAUUAUUUUUUAUUAAAGAGGUCCAAUGAGGGAUGUUCAGGGUAGUUAUAUUAGGUGCCACAACAGUUUUUAUAUUGCUGGCAAAUUUAGCGUUAAUUUGUAAAUGAGUUUAAGGAAAGAAAAGCUUGAAGCACUAAACUUCACCAAAUUCAAAACAAUCUCGGCAAAAAUGCCAUUUUGAGGUAGCACUAUUUAAACUAGUUGUGCAAUGACUUGCUCUAAUUUUCUUUGUUCAAGAAAGAAAAAAAAACAGUCGCCAGACUAUAAAUUUCCUAAAUAGACUAUUACAAAGUCACCAAGGUAGUUAGUGACUCUAAACAAAUGUCAUAAAAGCAUGAAUAUCAUCCUUUAUUUGACAAGAGAUGUAUGUAAGUUUGUUUAAAUCAAUAUAAUUUUAGUGACAUUUUUAUAAGCUUCCCACUUUCCAUGAACCUAUAUUUUUUAUUUAUCCAAAGUUAUUUCUCUUUGUCCAUUUCUCUCAGCCUUAUGCAAACAAUAUGCAAGAAAUGCUGAAACUUGGAUAAAACGGGUCAUGCAGAGGGAAAAUGAAAGCUGAGAUUGAUCAUUUUCACAAAAAAAGGUUGUUAGUAGUUUCAAUAAAAAAAAUACUACUACUAAACUGUAACAUAAGCAGACAAUAAAAGAGGGAUUUAAAAUAAAAUGGAUUCAUAAAACUAUUAAGAUUAUUUUUGUUAAAUACAGUGUUUUUAGUAAUUUGGAACCUGAUUUCACAAUCAACCAUGUUUUUUUAGUUGGAGAUUUCUAGCUGAUGAUUUUUGACUUUGUAUUUUUGCAUCGUGACGUUCUAGAAAUCAUUACCUCCCUGGCCAGCCCCCGCCGGCCCCGUUCCCGAGCACCCCGACGCACUUUCCUCUCUGCCCUAAGCGUCGCCUUACGGGCGGCAGCCGGCCCCGGCUCGGGUCCCGCCGCGCGCCCGGGCGGCCCGGGAGACGCGUGUGUCCGAUGGGAUGUGUGCUCCACCUUCCAGACUCCUUGCCGAUGCCGUAGAGUAGCUCUAGGACGCGCCAGACCCCGAAGCGUUGCGAAACUGGAGUCCUCGGUUUGUUUUAUCCCUUGUACAUUUCACGUACCUGAAAAUUGAAAAAGGUGAAAUUUAUGAGGAAAAUCUAAUUUCCCAUUCCUGUUGAAUGGAUUUAGUUUGAUAUUGACCUGAUUUUACCAUGUGCCUGUUGAAGGCCUUAGAGUAUAUACUGUAUGUUAAAGACUGUAAUAACUUUAAAAAAAAAAUAGUUGAUAGCCUAAUCCAAAUGUAAAUAUAGCUACAACACAUUGUUACUAGGCUACAACGCAUUAAUUCAUGUCAUAUAUUUUCAUUUCUUUACCAUUAGUUUUUAAGGUCUUCAUUAUUGCUUUUUUGAUAUCUUUAGUAACUAAUGAAUUUAAUUUUGAAGGAGAGUUAGAGAAAGUUUAAAAUUUUUAAUACAUGUACUCAACCCAUUUAGUUAUAUUCUAAACCAACACUGAAGCAUGGUAAGGUAUAGAAUACAGUCCAUAACUAGUUUGUAUAGUUUACAGUUUAAGAACAAAAUUAACUUUGUAUGUAACUCCUACAAUGAUAGAUUCAUUGUUAACUAAUUAUAUUAAGUUGUUGUUGCUAUGGCAACAAAACUACAACAUGGCUACCUUUGUAUACAUUAUUUGUGAAAUUUUCACAUGUAAAUUAAAAGUGAUGUGUAACAGUAUGAGCUUGUUAAAGGUACAGUUCGAUACUGUCAGAUAAAGAUAUGAUUGAAUAUUUUUAAAAUCCCAAAGUCCCAUGUGAACGCUGAAUUUGUGUCUUUAUGUCACUUUUUCAGUCAAGAAGUUUACAACACAUGGAUUUAGAGUCAGGUUUUAUAGCUUGUAGAAAUUGUUGUGUGGCAAGGGUUAUUCCACAGUAUUUUAACUUUGAAAACACGGCAGCCUGUAUUGACGACAUAGUGACUGGUCUUUCUUUCAUUUCGUGUCCAUUCGCGUUGUGGGAAUUCAGAAUUAACCCGUUUCAGUACUGUAGCUCUGCUUGCAGUUUGUUUUUUUUUUCCUGGAAUUGAACACUCACAUGAUUAUGUUACGAUCAGGGCUAAAUAAUUAAACAUAUAACUAUUUUAAUACUAAUUUAUAUUAGCAAAAACUGUACAUAAGAAAAAAUAUUGUGGAAUGACCCCUUAACAGUGUUGAAGAUACAAAUAUGCUGCAGUUAAACUGAUUCAGUUAGUGUACGAAUGUGUGAGACACACCUUUUUUGCACUUAUGUACAUAGUCCACGAAAGAAAUCCUUGGAACUUAUUUUGAAUAUAAAAAGUCUGUAAUAAUACAGGAAAAGUUUGUAAAAGAGAUAGGUAUUACUAAGGCUUUGAAAAGGAGGAGUUUUUUGCUAUAAAACUUAUCUGAAAGCAUGAUGUUGCUUUGCUGUUGUAAAAGCUUUGUAGUUUGCCAUAGCUUAUUAUACAGCAGACUGAUAACAGGUCAGCUCCAACCUGCAGCACGGAGAAAUGGGAAACAGUGCUUAAUUAAUUAAUAAGGUCACUAGCAAAGAUUUGAAUUACGCUUUUUUUUUUAAAUCAGCCUACAUUUCUGAACACACCCUAGGUCAUGUUUUUGAUAAGUUGUGUUCUCUGUGAAUCCCAUUAGGACCAAGAUGUCACUGGUGGCAUACGCGCGUUUUUCCUGACACCUAAUCCUAUUUCUAGCUGGAAGUGUGUAUCUGUUAUAGACGACUGUCGUUGCAGCAAGCGUUUUGAAUUUCAGAGGGAGAUUGAGCUGUUGCCCCUUGCUCAGGCCUUUUUUUUCUUUUCCCACCCUUUCGGGGCAGGCUAACCAAACUGAAGGGACCGAUGAGCAGCAGAAGGGCAGGAGUUGUUUCGGACUGUGUCGGGGUAGUUUCCUGCUGCUGUACAACGGCCUCGAUGCCCGUUUGAAAGAGCGGAGGGGUUGCUCACGCGGUGGUGCUGGGUCGUGCUGCCUGCUCCGGUGGAGCUGUUGGUUGGAUUUGGGGGCGCGGCUGGGAAGGCUGAUCAUGGCCAGGUUGGGGCUUCUGCUGGGGGAUAACACAGGCAGGAGAGCAAGGGGCAAGCCUGCCCUUCCUUGCCUUGGGGCAACUCUGCGGCUCCUCCUCCUCCUCCAAGAGUGAGCUGGAUCUCUAGCGGGCUUCGGAGGAUGAGGAGGAUGCUCCUAGCUUGCUUGCUGGAAGGAAAGAUGGAGAAGCCUGCUACAUAUUCAGCAUUACAGUCUCUUUCACAACCUUCUCAAAUUUCCUACAGUUUCAGCUGUUCUGGAGCAGUCAGGGUGUGGAAGCGGCGUGGGUGCACGUGGGAGAGCGGUGGCCGAUCUCGGAGCAGGGGGCUGGGAUGGUGGGUCCCUGCCCUUUAUGCUCUCUGCCAAAGAUGUGUGCACAGCCAGGCUGGUGGUUUCCCAUCACCCUUGGCUUACUUUGGGGGAAGAACCUGUUUUCUUCCUGUUGACUGUCAUCAAAAGAGCAUGCAGCUGUGCCCUCCCAGCCAGCAGCACAGCUGGCAGCAGCUGCAGGCCCGUAAGGACAGUGCUUGUCAAGCAUCUUCUAGCUACAGGCUGGCUGAGGGUUACGUGGCUCUGUUUUCUCCCUCACUGUGGUCGAUCAUAGUUUAACAGUGAGGACUGGUGUUUCCAGGAGGACCCAGCUGCACGUUCCCUGUCCAGCCGGCCGGCCACGUGGAGGUGGUGCUGUCGUGCACAGGGCUGGUCGUCCUCGUUUGCUGCAAGCACAUUGAUACGUUAACAGUAACAGAGAAAACAGAUCAGUGAUGUGAAAUGUCCUUCGCUUGCAGCAGACGGCUGGCUCCCAGCAGCCCUGGUUCCCAGGCUCUCUCGAGUCUCUUCCCCCCUUGCUGUUGGUUGUACUGCCAGGGCUCUGCACUGCUGUGUGGAUUUUGGAGAAGCUAAAGGGCCUGCGUUGACCCGUUUAUCUGAUUGGACCGAGUAUUUUUUUUGCAAAACCCAAGCCACCACAUUUGCUUCAAAAAACAUGGCUAGUUUUGCCACAAAGCUGGUCCCAAACCCUCCCGGCAUUGAGCUGAACCCCCAGAGCAGUCCGGGGCGGGUGGCACCCGCUGGCACUGCCUUCCCUUCCCACCCGCUCCAGGGACGGGGGCCGCUGGGCCACCCACCGCAGAGCGCGAGAUCCCCUCCUCGCCGCUGCCACUGCUGUCCCAGCGGUCCCCGACCCUUGGCAGCGCCAGCCGGGGCUGCUGAAUCGGGGCCGUGGCAUCGGGCGGUCGCCGUGGUCUCGCUGGGGCUGCUUGGAUCCACCUGAAGGACGAUUCAUCCUUUGGUCAUUAAAGCAGAGGAAAAAAAUCAGAUGUUGCCUCUUUCUUGGGCAUUAGAAUGAUGUUUAAUAUUAAAUAAUUAGCUAGCUCUAGCCACCAGGUUGUUUAGGCUUCCCUUUGCUGUGAUCAUUUUUCAUAAUCAAGCUCAUUCUCAUCUGUAGGAUUAUGAGAGGAAAAUAUUUUGCACUAUGAAAUGAGUCGUAGCCGGUAAAAACUUCUUUUCAUUGGGAUAUGAGUACGUUCAUGAGGCCACUGCUAAAAUCUUUGCUAGUGAUCUUUACUGUCAUCCUCUAUCAUCAAAAAUAACUCUAUACGCCUCUCAAAUGAGAUAUUCAAACAUGCAAAAAUAACACAACUAUUAAAUAAAAUGAAGUUAUUUUUCCAAACACACAACAGAGAGAAUUACCUGACACCGAAUUACAAGGUUCCAGUUCUUUAUUACUGUACACAGAUGCUAUUUGAUAGUGGUGGAAGCCAAAUGAUUUUGUUGCCAUGGCUUUUGUAUCCUAGCAGAUGAGGGGAUGAUAAGACCAUUCUUAGAUUGGAUUAUGGGAUUUCUUUUUUCUUUCCAAUUAGCUUUGUUUUAAUUAUAUUUUCAUUUUUAGCUCAUGAAAAUGAAACAAAAAUCCCUACACCCAUUCUUAUUUCACCUGACAAUAGAUCACUAUUCUUUUUUUUUUAUAAAUAGAGAAUUGUAUUUUAGGCAAUCACUAAAAUCAAAAAAGAAUGUUCUCCUAAAUUGUCAAUUAUUAAUUUAAAUAUAUAAAAACAUUAAUACUGUACUGUGUAAAGUAGAUAUUUGAAACACAUUCUUUUCAUAGACAUUUCUGGUAAAACAAAGUAAGGGAAACAUUAGAUAUCAAUUUAAUGAUAUAGUUUAGAAUAUAUACGAAAGAUUACAGUUAGCCCUGUGGAACUGUAAGAAAUUAAAAUACCGUCGGAUCCAGACAGGCAUAGGUUAAUGCAAUAUUUCAGUUCCAUAACAUAAUAGUUCAUUCCCUCAACUGCUACCGACAGGGUGUACGCUUUGAAUUUAUUUUUCUUUUUGCCACGUUAUAUUGCUGUAGUGCUUGUACGUGCUUUAGAAAUGUGCAUAAUGCUACUCAUUUUAGUAUGUUACUUCUAUAUUGUUAUUGUUUAUUUUUUGAUCUUUUAAUAAAGUGUAUAAAAUUCUUGGUUAUGUUUUUUAUGGAUCCAUAUCUACACAUUAAUAGGAGUUUACUUUAAAAACUUUUCAAGUUCCAGUUUAUUAGUCCCAAUCUUUAAAGGUUCUGAUGUAAAAAUAAUAACUAAUGAAUUUGAUUCAAUGUUGUAUCUAAAGUGUAGAACAACAGAAUAAAUUUCUUUCCAGAAAAUACCUUCAGUAUUUUGAAUUCUGUAGCCAGUGCCUCCUUUUUACCGGAUGCAUUGGGCCUAUCCUAUUGCAGUUACUAACACAAGAAAGACAUUUGUAUUUUAGAAAAAUAAAAGUAAAACUUUGCAGA